UAUUAUCGUUUUGCGACGGACGGCGGCGAGGUUGAAGAAAUUCCUGGCCGAUUUCUUCUUCAUCAUCCUGUGUAAAUAAUUGUAAUUUAAAUAUUCUAAAUUUCGUGUUUAACGAAAGCACACACACACUCACACCAUCGGAGGAAAUGCAAAGGCGAAGGCUUUUUUAAGUGCAUGUUUUGUGUAUAUUUUCAUCAUUAAAACGUCGUGUAAAUUAAAAUUCAUCCUAAUUAUAAUUAAUAAACUACAUUAAUAAACGGAAAUUCCACAAUUCUCAAAAAUCAAUCUGUAAAAAUUCAAGUUUUAACCAAUUCUCAUACGUAAUAAAUAAAGUUCAGUUUUGUUAAGUCCCGAGAAACAACAGCUGUGCAACUGUGUAAAAUAUUAUUCAUAAUUUUGUGUAAAUUUAUGUAAAAAUAAAAAAACCAACCACGACAACCAAACCAAACGAAGAAAAUCAAUUUUUUUGAGCAAAAGUGUAUGAAAAAUCUCAGCAAAGCCUGUAAAGUAAAUGUUAAAUAUAGUAAGCAAAAAGUGUGGUUUCUUUUACAACAACAACAAACAAGUGUAAAUCUAGAGAGAAAAUUUCAAAAAUAACAGGAAAACACUUUUGUGAAUAGUUCAAAACGACGAAUCGUGUGUGAGUGGUCCUUUGUGUGGUUUUAAAAGUAUCCAAACCAAUAAAAGUUGGCAAUACGCGCAAAAUUGUCAGCUGCGAUAGCUAGGAAAAGCCUCCAAAAUUGAGCUCCUAACCGCGCCCACAAUUGCCAUAUCGACGCCCUCGCCGCAGCAGCAGCAGCAACAUCAACAGCAGCAACUCUAUCAGCAACACCAACAGCAGCAGCAGCAACAUUACGGUCCACCACCGCCCUAUUUUCAACAGCUACACCAACAGCAGCAGCAACACCAGCAGCAACACCAGCAGCAGCAGCAACACCAGCAACACAUGAAGUUUCUGGGUGGUAACGAUGAUCGCAAUGGCCGCGGAGGCGUCGGCGUUGGCACGGAUGCCAUUGUGGUAGGAUCUCGCGGUGGCGUUGCCCAGGAUGCCGCCGAUGCCGCUGGUGCCGCCGCAGCCGCCGCCGUCGGCUAUGUCUUCCAGCAGCGCCCGUCGCCCGGCGGGGUGGGCGUGGGCGGCGUGGGUGGCGGUGUGCCCGGGGUCGGCGCCGUGGGCUCGACCUUGCACGAGGCCGCUGCCGCCGAGUACGCCGCCCACUUUGCCCAGAAGCAACAGCAGACGCGAUGGGCGUGCGGCGACGACGGCCAUGGGAUUGAUAACCCGGACAAAUGGAAGUACAAUCCGCCGAUGAACCCAGCCAAUGCAGCCCCAGGCGGACCGCCGGGAAAUGGCAACAAUGGUGGCCCCGGAGCCAUUGGCACCAUUGGCAUGGGCAGCGGGUUGGGCAGCAUGGGCGGUGGAGGAGGCGGCGGCGGAGCUGGUGGCGGGAACAACGGAGGAUCCGGCACGAACGGCGGUCUCCACCAUCCGUCGAUGGCCGCUGCAGCCGCCAACAUGGCCGCCAUGCAACAGGCGGCGGCGGUGGCCAAGCACAAUCACAUGAUGUCACAGGCUGCGGCAGCCGCUGCAGCUCAACAGCAGCAGCAACACCAGCAUCCACACCAGCAACAUCCCCAGCAGCAGCAGCAGCAGCAGCAGCAGCAGGGUCAGAAUCAGGGGCAUCCACAUCACCUAAUGGGCGGUGGCAACGGGCUGGGCAAUGGCAACGGCCUGGGAAUCCAGCAUCCCGGCCAGCAGCAACAGCAGCAGCAACAACAGCAGCAGCAGCAACAUCCCGGCCAGUACAACUCGAACUUGCUCAACCAUGCCGCUGCCCUGGGUCACAUGUCGUCCUAUGCCCAAUCGGGCGGCAGCAUGUACGACCAUCACGGCGGAGCCAUGCAUCCGGGAAUGAACGGCGGCAUGCCCAAGCCACCGCCACUGGGCCCGCCAGGAGCCGGAGGACCGCAGGACUACGUCUACAUGGGAGGCCAGGCCACUGUGCCCAUGGGCGCCGCCAUGAUGCCGCCACAGAAUCAGUAUAUGAACAGCUCCGCUGUUGCAGCCGCCAAUCGGAAUGCAGCGAUCACCACAUCCACUGCCAAGAAAUUGUGGGAGAAAUCCGAUGGCAAGGGCGUUUCCUCGAGCAAUCCCGGAGGACCGCUGAAUCCCUUGCAGAUCCCCGGUAUCGGUGAUCCCUCCUCAGUGUGGAAGGAUCACACCUGGUCCACACAGGGCGAGAAUAUCCUGGCACCGCCCCCCUCACGGGCCUACGCCCAUGGCGGUGCCUCCGAUACUUCGAACAGCGGCAAUGCGGGCAUACUGAGUCCCCGCGAUUCGACUUGCGCCAAAGUGGUUGAAUACGUUUUCAGUGGUUCGCCCACCAACAAGGAGAGCCCUCUUUCUGGAUUAGAGCCGCGUUUGCGCAAUUUAAAGUUUGACGACAACGAUAAGUCACGCGACGAUAAGGAAAAGGCCAACUCUCCGUUUGACACAAACGGAUUGAAGAAGGACGAUCAGGUCACAAACACAAAUGGUGUUGUCAACGGCAUUGACGAUGACAAGGGCUUCAAUCGCACCCCUGGUUCACGUCAGCCUUCCCCUGCAGAGGAGUCACUGCCACGCCCCCCGAAUCUACUAUUCCCCCCACUGCCGCCCCCCUUCAACCACAUGCUCAUGGAUCAUGGCCAGGGCAUGGGCGGCGGCUUGGGAGGGGUCGUUGGAUCUGGCAACGGGGUUGGAGGAGGCGGCGGCGGAGGCGGAGCGGGCGGAGCGUAUGCGGCCCACCAGCAAAUGGCCGCCCAAAUGAGUCAGUUGCAGCCGCCGAUGAUGAACGGCGUUGGCGGCGGAAUGCCAAUGGCAGCACAGUCACCCAUGUUGAAUCACCAGGCAGCUGGACCCAAUCAUAUGGAAUCUCCCGGAAAUCUCUUGCAGCAGCAAAAUUUUGAUGUUCAGGUAAGUGACGACGUGCUUUCGCUCGCCUUUAACCACAAUCAACAACUGUUCCGCUCGCAGAAUCCGGGCCUUGCAGCAGUUGCCACAAAUGCAGCGGCCGCAGCAGCAGCCGCAGCAGCUGCCACAUCGGCAGCGAGUGCUGCGGCGGCGGUGGGCGCUGCCCCCGUGCCCAACGGCUCGCUGCAACAGUCGCAGCAGCAGCAGCAACAGCAGCAGCAACAACAGCAGCAACAGAUGCAGAUGGCGGCCGCGUCGCAACAGUUUCUGGCCGCCCAGCAGGCGCAAAAUGCGGCCUAUGCCGCCCAGCAGGCCACGCCCUACGUCAUCAAUCCGGGCCAGGAGGCUGCCCCCUAUAUGGGCAUGAUUGCCGCCGCCCAGAUGCCGCAGUACUACGGGGUAGCGCCCUGGGGCAUGUAUCCGGGCAAUUUGAUUCCGCAACAGGGAACGCAGCCGCGCCGCCCCCUCACCCCCUCGCAGCAGGGUGCCGAGAAUCAGCCGUAUCAGGUCAUCCCGGCCUUCCUCGAUCACACGGGCUCCUUGCUGAUGGGAGGACCCCGCACCGGGACGCCCAUGCGCCUGGUCAGCCCCGCCCCCGUGCUGGUGCCCCCGGGCGCCACCCGCGCCGGUCCCCCGCCCCCGCAGGGCCCACAGCUGUACCAACCGCAGCCGCAGACGGCCCAACAGAAUCUCUACUCGCAGCAGAAUGGCUCCAGUGUCGGAGGUCUUGCCUUGAACACAAGCUCGUUGACGGGUCGCCGCGACUCCUUCGACCGCAGCACCUCCGCCUUCAGCCCCUCGGCGAUGGACUACACCAGCAGCGGUGUGGCAGCAGCCGCCAAUGCGGUGAACAGCACAGUGGCCCAGGCAGCAGCAGCGGCCGCAGCAGCCGCUGCAGCGCGUGGCAAGUGGCCGGGAGCGAUGUCGGGAGCGGCCAGCGGAGCCUACGGAGCCCUCGGAGCAGGCAAUGCCUCGGCCAGUCCGCUGGGCGCUCCACUCACACCGCCGCCGUCGGCGCAAUCCUGCCUCCUGGGCAGUCGGGCACCCGGAGCCGAAUCCCGCCAGCGGCAGCAGCAGCAACAACAGCAGCAGCAACAGCUGGCCGCUGUGGGUCUGCCCGCUACUGCGGCAGCUGCUCAGGCAGCAGUGGCAGCGGCCGCCAACAAUAUGUUCGGGUCCAAUAGCUCGCUCUUCUCGAAUCCCCUGGCCAUUCCGGGUAGCGCAGCCGCGGCAGUGGCGGCGGCAGCAGCAGCGGCGGCCAACUCGCGACAGGUGGCCGCCACAGCAGCGGCAGCGGCGGCGGUGGCAGCGGCAGCCGGCGGCGGCGUGGGCGGCGCCCCACAGCCGGGCAGAUCUCGCCUACUCGAGGAUUUCCGCAACCAGCGGUACCCCAAUCUCCAGCUACGCGAUCUCGUCAACCACAUUGUGGAGUUCUCGCAGGAUCAGCACGGCUCGCGGUUCAUCCAGCAGAAGUUGGAGCGCGCAACGGCGGCCGAGAAGCAGAUGGUAUUCAGCGAGAUCCUUGCUGCAGCCUAUAGCCUGAUGACCGAUGUCUUUGGCAACUAUGUCAUCCAGAAGUUCUUUGAGUUCGGCACUCCCGAGCAGAAGAACACGCUGGGCAUGCAGGUCAAGGGUCAUGUGCUGCAGCUGGCGCUGCAAAUGUACGGCUGCCGGGUGAUUCAAAAGGCCCUGGAGAGCAUCUCGCCGGAGCAGCAGCAGGAGAUCGUCCACGAACUGGACGGACAUGUGCUGAAGUGCGUCAAGGAUCAGAAUGGCAACCAUGUGGUGCAGAAGUGCAUCGAGUGCGUGGAUCCGGUGGCCCUGCAGUUCAUCAUCAAUGCGUUCAAGGGGCAGGUUUACUCGCUGAGCACCCAUCCCUACGGCUGCCGGGUGAUCCAGCGGAUCCUCGAACACUGCACCGCCGAACAGACCACGCCCAUUCUGGACGAGCUGCACGAGCACACCGAGCAGUUGAUCCAGGACCAAUACGGCAACUAUGUCAUUCAGCAUGUGCUUGAGCACGGCAAGCAGGAGGACAAGUCCAUUCUGAUAAACAGCGUGCGCGGCAAGGUGCUUGUGCUGUCGCAGCACAAAUUCGCUUCGAAUGUGGUAGAGAAAUGCGUUACCCAUGCCACACGUGGCGAACGCACUGGUCUUAUAGACGAGGUCUGCACCUUUAACGACAACGCGUUGCACGUGAUGAUGAAGGAUCAGUAUGCCAACUAUGUGGUCCAGAAGAUGAUUGAUGUUUCGGAGCCGACGCAGCUCAAGAAGCUAAUGACCAAGAUCCGGCCCCACAUGGCCGCCUUGCGCAAGUACACCUACGGCAAGCACAUCAACGCCAAGUUGGAGAAGUACUACAUGAAGAUAACCAAUCCCAUAACGGUGGGCACAGGAGGAGCCGGCGGAGUGCCUGCAUCCUCGUCAGCGGUGGCAGUCAGCGGCAGUGGAGCCAGUUCGUCAUCGGCCACAGCAUGCACCAGUGGCAGCAGCACCACCACCACCAGCACCACCAACAGCCUGGCCUCACCCACCAUUUGCUCGGUGCAGGAGAACGGCAGCGCCAUGCUUGUUGAGCCCCCUUCCCCGGAUGCCUCCGAGUCCUCGUCCUCGGUGGUCUCGGGAGCCGUCAACAGCGGUCUGGGUCCCAUUGGACCCCCGACCAACGUUGUGCUGUAAGGGGCGAAUAUAGGAGAGUAAAUAAAGUAAACAAAUAAAACCAGGCAGUCAAAGGAAACUUUCUUCUCGAAUCGCAGACUAGUUUUUAGGAGCUGUAGAGCUAUGCAUAAAAAAUACAUAUAAAUGUAAACUAAUUUAUUGAAAAAGCAGCGUUCGAUGGAGAAUCUGCUCUCGAAGAUUUGUAAAGUGAAAACAAAACACACACAUGCGCCAAGCUAGAAAAACAAAAAGGAAAAACGCUGGCCAGCUAGAAGGCAAAACAGCUUGAGAUCUAAAGCUAAAACAAAUUUGUAUUUUUACGAACAAAAUGUAAUAACACUCUCACGAAAGAAGAUUUCAAAAUAUUUGUACAAUGCGCUCGCAUAAUUAAAAUGUAAAAAAGAAACACAGAACUCACAGAGAUGAGGAGGAACAACAAACAAAAAAGGCGUUAAAAGUCGCAAAAAUGAAAACUGAAUGUAAAGUUAAAUGUGAAGAAAACCAUUUUGUCUGCGUAGAUUUUCGUUGUAAUAACUUUGUAUAAAUUAAUGAUUAUAUAGCAAGUCUAUCUGUAAAUGAUUAAUGUUUCGACUGUAAAUUAAUAAGAGGACAACUGAAGAGCCGGCGAGCUGAGGAAAGGAGAAUGAAGCAUGUAGAAUGUAGAGGAGCUGCAGAAGGGCUGCAUGGAUACGCCUAGAAUUUAUAAGUGCAGACAGAGGAGGAACCAUUUCAAAUAUACAUACAUAAUUAAAAACGAGAGGGAUGACAGCAGAAGCCACACUUAGUGUAGAAUGUAGAGUAAUACUGUUUUUGGAGCCAGCAGCUACCGGAAACACAAUGAAAACAGAGACACACGAGACACGCCACGCCCCCUCACGCACACUCGGAGCCUACGCCUACACCCACACACACACAAUGAACGACUCUUCAGCCCAUUCACGUUGCUUUUGCACUAUGUAAAAAUUUUGUAUAAAAAAACCCAACAACAAACCAUGUAAACCAUGUAAUUUUCAAAUGUUUCACUGUAAAAUGUAUACAUACUAUAUUUUGUAAAUUUUUUUUAAGUCGCAAGUAACUCAUACAUAUUCUAUUCUAAACUGCACGCAUGUAUUUAUAAUUUUAUACAUAUUAGCCGGCGUCCGCCCACCGAUGAUCAGCAAGUACUUCGGUGGGUGGGGCGCCAGCUAAACGAACCUGUUAGCCAAGUAAGCCCCACUGAUAAUGAUUGGAUUUUAAAACUAUAACCAUCAAAAUAAACCUAUUUUUUCCAAAAUUA